AUGGCCAAACUCCGCGUCCUCCACAUCGGCGACAACAUCAAAUACAACCACGACGUCUACCAGCGUUUCGCGUCGGAAUUCGAACUCAUCCAACCUACCGCUGCCGAGCGCCAACGCGAUGAAUUCAUCCGUGCCUUGAAAGAGCAUCGCUGGGGCGAUUUCGAUGCCGUCUUUCGUCCGUUCUGGAAUACAGGUGGUGAGAUGGGGAGAUGGGAUGCGGAGUUGAUUCCUCUUCUCCCGAAGUCGGUUAAGAUCAUGGCGUCCGCGGGCGCUGGGUAUGACUGGGCGGAUGUGGAUAUUUUUGCUAAACAUGGAAUCAUUUACUGCAACGGCGCAGCAGCAUCCUCCGAAUCCGUCGCCGACAUGACCCUCUUCCUCAUCCUCGCUAUCUUCCGCAACUUCGCCUGGUCGCACCAGGCCGCACACUCAAUCAACCCCUCGCGCUUCCUCGACGCACACCAGAACUCUCCCUUAACCGCCUACAACCCCCGUGGCCGCUCACUGGGUAUUAUCGGGAUGGGCCAGAUCGGGUUCAUGAUUGCGCAGAAGGCUUACGCUGCGUUUGGCAUGAAGAUCCAGUACAAUGAUUUGUUCCGCAAGAGCCCCGAGCAGGAGAAGACUGUUCAGGCGACGUUUUUCAAGGAGUUGGAUGAUUUGCUUGCGAACUCGGACUGCGUUGUCGUUGCGACGCCCUUCGCGGGCCAGAAACUCAUCACAACGGAGCGACUGCAGAAGUUCAAAAAGGGAUCGCGGUUUAUUAACAUCGCGCGUGGAUCAUUGGUCGACGAGGAGGCGCUUCUGCAAGCACUUGAUAGUGGACAUCUCUCUGGGGCAGGACUGGAUGUGCAUGAUAACGAACCGAAUGUGCACCCGCGCCUGGCGAGUCAUCCCAAGGUCAUGAUGAUGUCGCAUAAUGCUGGUGGGACGAUUGAUACACAUGUUGGCUUUGAGAAGUUGGCCAUGGAGAAUAUUGAGGGGUAUUUGCUUAAGGGCAAGGCGUUGACGCCGGUGAAUUUGCACAUGUUGCCGAAGGGACCUUCGAGUAAGCUGUGA